GGAUUCUACUAUACAUUUCACUCCUCCUAAAUCACUAAGUUUUGGCUUUGCACCAUCCAUAUUAGACUUAGCCUGGUGUUUUCCUUUGAUAAUGGCUUCCUCUCCUUUAGCUAUGUCAUUUUCUCCACAGCCCCAGAAGUCCGGGCCUGGGUUAGAGUACUUGAUGAUUCCAAGGCCUGUAUCAGUAGCACCUGCCUACAAACCUACAGAAAAACUCAAGGGAAAAGUGGCUCUUGUAACAGGGGGAGAUUCGGGCAUUGGAAGAGCGGUGUGUUAUCAUUUUGCUUUAGAAGGAGCUACUGUUGCAUUCGUGUAUUUGUCCCCUUUAGAAGAAAAGGAUGCAGAGGAGACUCUUGAGAAACUAUUAAAAUACAAGGCACCCUGUGCUCAAAACCCCAUGAAAAUUCCUGUGACCGAUUUAGGAUACCAUGAACAAUGCAAGAAGGUCAUAGAGGACGUUGUCAAAGCAUACGGCUGGAUUGAUAUAUUGGUGAACAAUGCAGCUGAGCAACACCCAUGUCCUAAUAUUGAAGAUCUUGAUCCCAAUCAAGUGGAACGUGUGUUCAGAACAAAUAUAUUCUCUCAGUUCUUCAUGGUCAUUCAUGGCGUGAAGCAUAUAAAGGAGGGGGGCACUAUAAUCAAUUGCUUAUCAAGGCAGGCAUACCUAGGGAAUGCAGAGAAUGUGGACUAUGCAUCCACAAAGGGAGCCAUUGUAACGUUCACAAGAGGACUGGCCCUUCAGCUGGCUAAGAGAAAAAUACGAGUGAAUGGUGUGGCACCAGGCCCAAUAUGGACUCCCAUAAAUGCUUCAAUUCUGGAUGCAGAGAAGAUGGGCGAUUUAGGAAAAGACACACCCUUGGGCAGAGCAGGAGAGCCCUCUGAAGUGGCUCCUUGUUUUGUUUUCCUCGCUUCCCAAGAUGCAUCUUACAUGACAGGCCAAAUUCUUCACCCCAAUGGUGGAUGUGCAAUGUACUCUUAGAACUUCGUGGGUAUACAGUAUAACGAAGGUGGUUCUCUUUCGAGGAAUCCGGCUAUGAUAAUCAACUUAAACUUCAAAGUGGAGCUUUCUGUAUAGGGUCACGGAAUUGUACGUAUAGCUGCUUUUCUAGGGACAGUAAAGCGCACGUUAUGUCUGUGGACAGCAAGAAAAUUGGAUUAUGCUUUCAUUUUGCAAUGAUUGAUUCUGGACAUAAAAAUAUCUCCACAGUUUGAAUUCAGAAAAAUCAAUAGGUAGAUGUUGGCACACUUUAUUGUAAGAGACAAGAAUGGGAGAGAUUUUUUAAAAAAUUAUAUAAGAAUAUUAUUGAGAGUUUACAUGGGUUGUAAAAUGAACAAUGAAAAGUAGAAUCAGAUUUGUUAUUUUUGUAUUUCUUAUUUU